CGUUUCGCACCCGAAUUCGCGCAACAUGGCGGAGCGUCGCGGCGUAGCAUCGCCCAUCUGCCGGCCGACACGCGAAACUGACUCGAUCAGGCUUUUCCCGUAAGAUGUGACUGCGAGGAGGCGGCCGGGCCCUUUUCCACGCCUCUUAAAUUACACUUUACCGGCCGCACGGCGAUUACGAUGGGAGCCUGUUUUCCGUUUUGGUAACUUGCGAUUGAAUACAGUCACACGAUGAGCAGCAACGCAACAGCAGAGUUCCGCAAGUCUUCCUCCACCCACUCCCUGCCUGCGGAUCAUGUGCUGUGCUCUGGGGCAGUCACGUUUCCCGGUGCCUUUGACCAGCAAGGAUGUCCGUUAGUGCUGUUUCCAGUAGCACAUCAAAGCAGGCUGACAUCUGACCUGAAAAAGGAAGAAGUUGUUUAUUUCAUCAAUUACUUUUUGCAGUUGCAUAAUAAAUACCAGGAGAAGAACAGUCUGCUUUCCGUAGUGGUGGACUUCAGGAAUGCUGCCCUGACCACAGCUAGAUUUGUAGCUGAAACUCUUCUGCUCCUUGAGCUGCCCCAGAGAACCGUCCAUACACUCUAUGUGGUUCAGCCCAAAAAGAGAGACGUGCUGAAAUUACUGCUGAAACUGCUGAUGUCAGCUCGCGCAAAGAGUGGAAGCUCUGUGCCCUUUAAGAGUGUUUUUCUGAAAGAAGUUUUUGAACUCUAUAACUACAUCGAUCGGAGCCAAUUGACCCCGGAACUGGGCGGUUACCUCGUUUACUGUCAUCAAAGCUGGGUAACAUUUUUAAAGGAGAUCGAUGGAUUUGUCCAGGAGUUUCUGUCAGUGGUGCACCGGCUGCCCUCCUGCAUCGCCACCCUGCAGACACUCUCCCGCCAGGCCGUGCCCGCAAGUGUCGAGGAGCUGAAGGACUUUUGCUCAGCAAACGAAGCCAGAUUUCAGCAGCUGCAGAGGGAACUCGGUCUGGAUGAUCUGCUGAGACAUUGUGAGCAGAUAGUGGAAAAGCUGCGGUUCCCUGAGAACGAGCUCUGCUACCAGGACAUGGCAGGAACGGCACUUUUCACUCACACGGCGUACGACAUGCUGCAGAAUUACAACAGGAUCACGGCCGCUGUGGAGAAGGUGGAUCUGCUGUGGCAGCAGGCAUUUUCCCGAGCCCAUCUGCAGCUGCGGCUCCUGCAGCUGCGUGACGAAGCCAAGCAGAUUAUUGACCUGAUGGACAAAACCAGACUGGAGAAGCUCCAACCGUACAGAAUCGAGAUGGCCAAGGAUGCGGAAAAAGCCCAGAGUCUGAAGACACAUUUUGAGACAUCGGUCUACAGACCUGCCAUGGCCCUUGUGCAUCGAGCCGAUGAUGUGCUCCACAUAUUGGCGGAGAGCAUGUCUCCUGUGGAGAUCCAAGCCCAUGGAGAGUGGAUCAUGCAACUUGAUCGUGUGAAGGAGAAGUUCUUUGCUGCUGUGGAUCUACCAUACCAGACGCUCAAAGCUGUCUCUGAUUUCUACUAUUACUACAACAAAUCGAAAACUUGGUACGACGUCAUUCUGUGCGAGAACUUCUUCCAAGACCUUCUCUGGAACGGCACCCAGGACCGCAUCCCUAAACUGCACUGCCUGCGAGUGAUGAGGGCCAGUAGGACCCCACCUUGGAAGCAAGCGGUGUGCGACUUCCUGAAGAAGAACCCACCCCCAGAAGUGGAGGAGCUCGUUCAGUUAGCUCACCUCGCCAAUGUCAUUCCAGACCCUCCCCUUCAGCAAAAUGGAAAGUGGCUGUCUGAAAGGUGUAUGAUUCUCAGGAAGCUGCUGACCUCGCCUGGUGCUGUAGCGCUAAGUGACCUUCAGGUGGCGCUGCAGUGGCAGUAUGAGUUCCUCAGGGGCAAUCAGAGGGAUCUGGCUCAUUUUGACUCUGUAAGCGCAGGACAGUCUGAGAAAGAGAGCUGUGCAGAAAGCACAUGCUUUCAGCUGCGAGAGAGCCGAGGUUCUGGUUCCAUGCUGGAUGCGCACAGCAGGCCCAUCUAUGAAGGCCUGUCUAAUGGUACCAGACUGAAUCCUGGGAAAGAGAGACUGUUGCCCCAUGAGCCUCUUGCAGACUUGGGUCAAGGGGUGGUACACAGUGCUGGUAAACCUCACUCCCUCAGCUCCUUUGAUUCUGGAUUUGAUGGAGCUGGAAGCUCCCACACGGACUUGGGGGUGCGGCGAGAGAGCUGGUGUGCUAGGGAGGCCCUCCGGCCUGUCGAUAGACAGCCCCGCAUCCACGAGGAGAACAUUUCCAGUGUGUCGGAUUCCGAGGAAUGCAAGGAGUUUGAGUUUGCCCACGUGGGAGGCACCUCGAACGCCAGCAUCCAGCUCGUUCCGAAGAUAACGGUGGAUUCUCUCAACGUUGAAAUAAAAGUGAAGCGUUGUGCAGUGUUGCCCAAAAAUCCCUGGCUUAGUUUGCCUGUGGAAGACCUUGAGAACUCCUACACAGUCACCGUCAUGCCAAAUACGGAGGAUUCACAUCCGACAGGCGUCUUCCAGUCUCAGGACACGCCCGGUCGGACUGAGAUUUGUGAAAGUUCUCCGACAUCCACCGCAGAGGAGCAGCAGACUGCCUCGUUUGGUACAGGGGAGGCGCAGGAGAGAACAAAUAUCCUGCAAACACAGGACAGCUUUGAGGACUCUGAAUCCAGCCCUCGCUACAAUCACCUGUCUAGCACCAUAACGGACGCACAGGAAAAGGCCGAGUCCUCGACCGACAGCUUUCCGUCUCUCCUCUGGGACACAUAUGACUUUCACAACACAAAACAAGAUUCCAGUGAAAGGUUGGUUAACAGUCUGGAUGAUGUAUUUCUGAAUGACUGGGACCUUAAAGAGCAAGAAGGACUGCAGGAGGUCGAAAACAUACUUGACCGGACGGCUGAAAUACUACAGGAAGAAGAAAAUGUACUUGCUCAGGAGGAGAUUUUGGAUCUUCUGCUGAAGACUGAAAGUAGCAGCAGGCAGUGGGUCAUGUCUGAGUGUGAAGACCAGGCCAGAGCAGUGGCAAUGCCGUCCAAAGACUGGCUGGAGGCUGGUGUCGAAUUUGACGAUAGCUGCUUCGCCUGUUCUGGUGAACGUGCAGAAUGUGGCCCCUGUGGACGUGUAGUGAGUGACGUCGGUGACCUCAGACAAAGUGACGCUCAUGGGGUGUCCGAAAAUGGUAAACAAGCUGGAAGGUGUGAUCUACUUGAGGAGCUGAGAGGCCUCCGUGUUCUGGAGGAGCAGAUUAUGGAGGAGAACCUGAAGAUCCGUGAACUGCGGCUAUCUGAGGAGACUGAGGUUCUGACUGAAGAGCAGUUAGACCAAAGCGCCAUACAGACCUCAAAUCAGGGCAGGCAGGUCUCUCUGCUAGAGCAGGAUGAGAAGCAAGAGGUGGAGAUGGUGAGUCUCAGGAAUGAGACUGCAAAGGGGAACUUUAAGAACUGGGCACACAGUGAUAGAAAAGUCAUCAGGUGUUCUGUGAUGGACGGAACCUUCACAACGAAGGAGGAUAGCGCCCUGUGUGACGAACUCCUGUCACCCUGUAAGAAGCAGCUUCCUGACAAUGAGCAUUUGAAUACAGCUCAGCAUUUGAAUGAGCACUUAUCUGAAACAGAUGGUAUUACACUAAGACGGAAUAAUCAGGACGGCGCUAAUCGCACUGAAGUGUCCCAGGAUGACAUUCUUGGAAUGGGCAGGGCUCUUAAUGAUGACAUCAGAACAGACAUGUCUGCUUAUCUAGGAGUCCCAUGUGAUAAAAUGGACUCCUUUAUCUCAUUAAUCAGUCCUGCUUCUGGUGUCUGCAGCUCCAAAAUGAGUGCACUCGAAAAGGGCCGGAAAGGAAUUCGGGGAUUAUUGGAAUCGGAGAGACCCAACUUGGAUGGGGACGCAGGAUCAGCAUCUUCACAGUCAGUGCAGUUGCCCUUGGAGGAGAGUGAAAAUCAGCUUGUAGGUAGGGCAGCGUCUUUGAAUUCAGAGGCCCUUCUGACCCCAGGCCCACAUCUCAGCCCUGAGGGUGACACAGUGAUGCCCCCAGUGCCAAAGCCAAGGAAGGCAGCCUGGCUCUGCAAACCUGACAGUAAUCAAAGUACCCCAGAAGAGGAACCAAAAAGCGAUGCGCUUGGAUGCCAGCAGGGCGACCCUGAAAGCAGCUUAAGGCGGCAGCCUGGGACCCCUCCGAAGCCGAAAGCGAGGAGAAACAAACCUACUGCUGCCGCUGCGAUCGCGGGCCCAGAGGGCAACAUGGGCAACAGCAAUAACAAUAACGACCUGCAUCUAACGGACAACCUCGGCCUGCAGGGGGCGCCACCGAACACUGUGAUUCCAGAUAAAUCCAGUUCUGAGAACCCAGAUAUGCAGACCAUGUGCAGCAUCCCGAGUUGCUCGGGGAAAGAGCCAGGAUUGGACUGUGAGGAGGGGGGAUUAGGACUCGGGCCCCCGGGGAUGUGUCUGGCCCCCGACAGACCGAUGGAUCAGGAAGAUCCAUCUAGCAGCACGCUGCUGUACGUUCUGCAGGGGAGCAGCCAGCGUUGCAGGUCCCCAGUCAGCACGGUCAGCCUGCACAGUACAGCAGAGAUCUCUGGAUUCAAGACUCCAGUAGUGCUGGAUACUGGGUCUGGACUGAUGAAGGCAGGCUUUGCAGAUCAGGACCUCCCGACGGCCGUGUUUCCAACGGUUAUCGGAGUCCCCAAGUAUGAGGAGGUCAUGACUUGGUGUACAGAACGAGAGACUUACAUUGGACAUGAGGCACAGCAAAUGCGUGGGGUUCUGGCCCUGAAGUACCCCAUGAAGCAUGGCAUUGUACAGAACUGGGACGAGAUGGAGAAGAUUUGGCAGCACGCUUUCCAGCAGCUGUGUGUGGUCCCUGAGGAACACCCCGUGCUCCUCACCGAGGCCGCUAUGAACCCCCUCGAGAACCGGCAGCGGAUGGUGGAGCUGAUGUUUGAGGCCUUCUGCGUCCCCUACGCCUACGUGGCCAUGCAGGCUGUACUGGCGCUCUACGCCGCGGGAAAGACCACAGGUGUGGUGUUCGACUCUGGGGAUGGAGUGAGCCACAGUGUUCCGGUGUUUGAGGGCUACUGCCUCCCUCACGCGGUGCAGCGCUUUGCCCUGGCUGGUGCCGAUGUCACGCUUCACCUCAGAAAGUUGCUGCAGGAGCGAGGCAUCACCAUGAACACGUCCGCCGAGCUGGAGAUCGUGCGGGAGGUGAAGGAGCAGUGCUGCUGUGUGGCGCAGGACUACGAGGCAGAGCUCUCCCGUGUGAUGAGGUCGCCCCAUGACUGUGUGUCCUACACUAUGCCUGAUGGCCGGGUCGUGACCAUUGGAGCAGAACGGUUCAGGGCACCAGAAAUUCUCUUCAGGCCGGAGCUGAUCGGGCGGGAUCACUACGGCGUGCACGAGAGCAUUUUCAAAUCCAUCCUGCAAUCUGAUAUCGAUCUACGGAAAAGCUUCGUAGGGAACGUAGUCUUAUCAGGAGGGAACACGCUGCUAGCCGGCUUUCCCCUGCGUCUGCAGAGUGAGAUCAGGAGUUUGGUACCAGAAGACCUUGUCCAGUGUGUCCGGGUCACAAGCCCAGCAGACAGGGACUCCUCCGUGUGGACGGGGGGCGCUGUGCUGGCCAGCCUGCCCUCCUUCAGCUCUGCUUGGAUCAGCCAAGAGGAAUACGAGGAGUUUGGUCCCCAGAUCGUUUUCAGGAAGUGUUUCUGAACAGCAUAGCCUUCCUGUGUGCCCAGAAAUCGUUUCCCCAGUUGAAGUGCAAUAGCCCUCAGGCCAAGUUUUUAAAGCAAAGCUUUUAAAUUGUGCGGAACCAGUGUUUGGACAGUUCGGUUAACACUGUGAGCAAAGUUUUACAUUACAGUGCCUCAAGAGUGCUAGAAUAGCCCGGAUCAUGGAUAUUAACUAAAAUAGCAUUGAGGUAUUGAGAAUACAUAUAAUUCUAUAAAACUGGACAGAUUAACUCCUCUAAAAUCCAAUGUGGUACUUAUGCCACACUAAUACUUCAUCAGCAGUACUGUAUACUUAUUUAAAGGCUUUUCAGACACAUUCACUGAGCACUUGGGCUGUUUAAUACUUUUGGGCUGAGCUACAAUGUUAAACCUCCUUAAUGUUUAGGUCGGUAAGCCACUGAUUUCAUUCUGUAUGCUCCCUUUGACUAUGGGACUGCUGGAUAAGUGCAUAUGGAGUUGAUUGUCGAACAGCGGUGGUCACUUGGCUAUACCAAGGGCUAGAUUGGUUUAAAAUGUGUGUACAUUUGUAUAUAUUUUUAUUAUAGUGUGUGUUGUCUUACUGAUGCAGCGUAUGGUGGUAGCUGAACUUUUUCUAGGCUGGAAGGUUAACCUUUAACCCGUACCAUUAACAUCUGUUUUGGUAUUUACUGGGUAAUUAUUCAUAACUUAACGCAAUACAUACUCUCUGUAUUUCAAAAAUCCCUCUUGCAGUUUGGUCGAUUGGUUUAUUUUCUGACUGGGUUUUCCAUAUGUUUACAAAACGUUUGGUUUUCAGCAUUUGGGAUAAUAGAAGUGGGGCUUUUUGGUAAUAGGUAGGUACUUCUAAUAUACAAGAACCUGAGGCUUUGUACUUUUUAUUGCCAAAAUGACACAUUUUACUGUGAAUCAAUGGCACUUUCAGCAGUAUUUACAUACCUCUGUACUCCACUGAAGCUUUUUUUUUAAUAGCUUUUGGUGCUGGCACUGACUUGGCUUUGAAUAUGUUUUGUAACUCAGGUCUUAUAAUGUAAUCUGGUGAUUUCUCGGUAUGAAGGGUAACAUGAAAUCUCAUAGCAGUGGAAGUAUUCAUUGUUUAGUCAAAAUGCCAGUACUGCUGGAAUGAAUCUCCUUUCCCCACAGAUUUUUCUUUGCUUGACUGAAAUGUCAUGUUUAUUUACCUUUUUUUUAUAAUAAAAUAUUUUAAGCA